AACAUUUCUAUGGUCUAGGGAAUUCUUGAUAAAGAUUGUGGGAGCCCUGCUCACUUGGCACCACCGACCGGACAGCUAGGAAGGAUCGAGGCACCCACACAUCGAUCUAACUUACAUUGCUGAAGUUUCAGUAAUCGAUCAUCAUCAGUCAUGGAUGCUGGCAGCAAGGCAGAGUCUGAAGCCACGAAGUUGUGGGGUGGCAGGUUUGAAGGAACUGUGGAUCCUGUGAUGGAAAAGUUCAAUGCAUCUAUGUCAUAUGAUAAAGCAAUGUGGAAACAUGACCUUGAGGGAAGCAUUGCAUAUGCAAAGGCACUAGAGAAAGCACAGCUGCUGACUGAAGAAGAGCGUAUUACCAUUGUUAAUGGCCUGGAGACAGUGAAGCAGGAGUGGAUGACAGAUGCUUUUACCAUUCAACCAGGAGAUGAGGAUAUCCACACUGCAAAUGAACGGAGACUUAAGGAAUUGGUUGGAGAUGUUGGAGGAAAGGUCCACACUGGUCGGAGCCGCAAUGAUCAGGUAGCAGUAGAUAUGAAGAUGUGGUUGAGGGAACAUCUGCAACUGCUGGCACCUCACCUCACCCACCUUAUCCAGGUUUUGGUUACUCGUGCUGAGAGAGAGAAGGCCAUCCUUAUGCCAGGCUACACCCACCUUCAGCGGGCUCAGCCAAUUCGUUGGGCUCACUGGCUCCUCAGCCAUGCAUGGCCCCUUGUGAUGGAUCUGGAGCGGUUGCGUGGCUUAUAUACGAGGGUGAACGUGUGCCCCCUGGGUUCUGGUGCCUUGGCUGGAAACCCCUUCCAUAUAGACAGGGAGAGUCUAGCACAGGACCUUGGCUUUCAGGCAAUCACUAAAAACAGCCUCCAUGCAGUUGGAGAUCGAGACUUUGUUGUUGAAUACAUGUUUUGGGCCAGCCUAGUGAGCUCCCAUCUGAGUCGUUUGGCAGAGGACCUCAUCCUUUACUCCAGCAGGGAGUUUGGGUUUGUCCAGCUUUCUGAUGCCUAUGCCACAGGCAGUUCUCUUAUGCCUCAAAAGAAGAAUCCAGACAGCUUUGAGCUGAUAAGAGGAAAAGCUGGAACCAUGGCUGGAAAUCUCUGUGGCUUUCUUAUGGUCAUGAAAGGCCUGCCCUCUACCUACAACAAAGAUCUACAAGAGGACAAGGUCAAAAUGUUUGAAACAGCCUCAACACUCCUUGGUAUCCUGCAGGUUGCUGCUGGAGCUGUGGGAACACUCAAGGUGAACAGUGAAGCAUGUCACACAGCCUUGUCUGAAGAAAUGCUCUCUACUGAUAUUGCAUAUUACUUAGUGAAGAAAGGGAUGGCAUUCCGCACAGCACAUGGGAAAUCUGGUGAAGUUGUGAAGUUGACAGAGGAGCUUGGCUGCCCCUUUUCAAAGCUGACCCUUGAGCAACUUACAAAAAUCAGCCCACUCUUCUCAGAGGAUGUAGCAUCCCUUUGGAACUUUGAACACAGUGUGGAACAAUACUCAGCAAUUGGUGGGACUGCACUUUCUAGUGUGGAAUUGCAGACUUCCCAAGCUCAAGAAUUUUUGAACAGUUUUUCCCUGGUUUAAGGAAAAUAGUAGACACUAAUGUCCAGGGUAGGUACUUUUGAUGUCCCCGUUUAGUUAUCUGUAGGGAUACAUCUGUCUCUCUUGAUUUCAUUUUUGUUAGUUGAGCAUGUAACCUUUCUUGGUAAAUAUCAGGCAUUACAAAAUUAACAUUUAUGCCACCAUAUUUCAUCUCGUUUGUGGUAGAAGCAUACUUGUGCAAUGUAUCUGAUUGUAUCUUUACUUGCUUUUUCAUUAUCGAUAAUGAUGAUGUCUACUGUCUGCCUGAUAGUUAUCCUUGUAAGUACUAGCUAAUCUCUUUUUUUCUUUGCUAUAGUGGCUCCAAAAUGUCGAGUGUUUGGGCAUUGGCUCCUUUGGGUUUUCUGUCCGCUGCUCUGCCACAUUAAUCCCAACACAUAUUUCUUUCUCUCAUAUGUCAGCAAUUAACUAUUUAUAAAUGAAUUUUAGACACUUGGGGAGGCGGUGGCUGAGUGGUCAGUGUGCAGGCGUGGUGAGCCCAUGGAUCCAGGUUUGAGCCCCACCAAAAUGCGCUGAUUUUUCAAUCCAUCGCUGAGUGGCGGACGAUCACCCACAUGCUGCCCAAAUCUUUAUUUUUUUUUCUUUUUUUAGGACAAGAACUAUUUUUGAAUAAAUACCACAGCACAAUAAUGUUGCUUUCUGACAUUGUCAGACACCUAAGGUCAUUUUCCCCAAGACUGCCAGCCCACCACUCAUGAUGAGAGCUACCCCUGCCAUUCACCUCCGUGUGCUACAAUCGAGGUUUUUUUUUCUUUUUUUUUUUUACAUUCAGCCUCUAGUGCUGGUAAGCUUUCUUGAUGGGGCCUGCUGGUUAUCCCCAGCCUGUUAUGGCACAGGCAAGUGUUUUGUAGGGGCAGCAUCUUGCUUGGUUCAUGCUGCCCCCCUGAGCUCAUGUUCGAUCAUCUUUAGAGGUUAUCAAGAGUCUAGGUUGAUACAUGGUCAUCAGGACAGCACGUGGGUAGUCUUAGUCCACUCGGCAGUGACUGAAAAUUGUCAGCUUGUAGCAGCGAGUGGGACCCGAACCUGGAUUCUCCAGGACAAACCACCUGCAUACUGACCACUCAGCCACUGCCUCCCUAUGUUAUUUCUAAACAAACAGAAAAACCUAAUAGGGGACCUAUAAUUACAUCCUCAAGAGCAGUUGCCUGAACAGCCAAAGCCACCAACGUUAGUGAAAUGACAGAUGACAGAAACAAGAGAUCAAAUCAGGUAGGUUUGGCAGUGUGGUGGACAGAGGAAUACCCAUGGGAUCCAGCACCCAAGCGAUCUCAACAUUUUAGAACCCCUUUAGUAUUCAGUAUCUAAUACUCAGUAGCUUGCAUCUGUACUGAGCCAUAUUUGGUGGUGAAGAAUAUGUUGGGAUUGUUGAAGAUUAUAUAUAUUUAGUCAUCCUAAAGCUUUACAAUAUUUCACUAUAUAACAUUAGCUUUAAGGAUUUACUUAUUGUUUUUAGCUCUUUUAGGAUACUAUCUUGACAUAGUUCAGUCUAUUCAUGCAUGUGUUGAGGAUAUGAGGUCACCAAAUGUUUCACGUACCUUGGUAGCAGAUAGUGCAUAAUAAUAGUGGGUCUUGCCAUGAAGUUACGCAGUGGAUUGGUCUGCCCUUCAUUUUAAGGACUCCAUAUGAGUAUUUGGCAUUGUCAAUGUCUAUGCAGACAGAAAAAGAUUUGAAUCUUUGUCACUUGUGCUCCCUGUCUUACUGUGAGACACAACACUGAAUAGUGACUUGGAGAGGCGUGUCGAUGCCUUUGGUACCAAGUACCUUCGCAAGAUCAUGAAGUAUCACUGGAAGCCACCGACUACUUCAUGAAAAUGAAGAGGGGGAUACUAGCUUAGUAAGUGAAAUAAACUCUGGCUAUAUGGACAUGUGGCAUGGUUCAUGAAUGCCAAUCAUGCUUAUAGGACUGUUUCUGCUCAAGAUAACACUGAUUGGAGGAGACCAAGGAGAUGCCCACAUAACUCAGGCUGGGAGAAGUUGAUCAAUCCUGCCAAGAGUGACUUAGAAUGGGAAGGGUAACUGCAUGGGGUUUUGCUCAGGGGGAACCAUCAGGGUUGGAAGUUAGUGAAGUACGCCCCCUGGCAUAUGCUCCCCAUUGGUUAGUUGAAAAUUACAGACACAUUGCAGUUCAAUGAGACAGACUUUAAAACCUGCUACCAAUGGGUAAAAUACAUUUUUCCCAACCAGCAGGCACCAGACAAUAACUUGUAUUCCAGAAUCCCGAAAUUGAAAAAUUAAACAAGUUCACUAGGAAAAGUAACUCGUUGACAGUUCAUGUGUGGCACAGUCUGUAUAGCCAAUACUAUCUAUUGACUCGAUUUUAGGAUCAACCCCUUUCAAAUUGUUCCAUCAAGAUGUAAUUUCAAAUUAAUUUUUAAACUGUAAUCAGAAGAAUAAAUGGGGACUGUAAAUUAGGUCAGAUACAUCAGAAAAAAAAGCUCAAUCAAGACAGUUGCCUACUUGUUAAGUUGUCUGUAUCCUCCGCUAUUCAAUCAGCUCUUUACCUCAUUCACUUGUUACCACAUCGCUAUUUCCAUCAAACAUCAGAGAAAUUUAUGCCUAAUUUCAAUGAUCAGAUGUUUUUAAAUGGGUUCUGAGCUUUGAACAGAUUACAUACUGAUGUUUGUUUACAGUUUACUGUAACUCCUUUACCAUGAUUAAUUUACCACAAUUAAUUGCCACCAAAAAUUCACAUUUCGACCAUCCCUUAUGGUCUGAAAAAUCAAGGUAUUACUGGAUGCAAGCAAAUAAGGUUCAAAACUCAUAAGCAGUGUAUGUUAAAUCAGACAAGAAAGCUCGACAAAAAUUUAAUAUAAAAACGGUGAAUGAGUGAAAGACUCGGCAGCCUGGCAAUGACUGCAAGUGCAACAGACAAUACCAAGUAAAUACUGGAGACUCAUGGAUAAGGAUGAAAUGGUACAAGGUAUAAAGCAGGUGCUGGCCCUCUGCAGUCUCCAUUAUGCCCCUUCGUUUCCAUUGAUUUAAACAGAAUGAUGGUGACAGCACCACCCCUGGCUGUGAUUUGACAAAUGAAAAGAAUGAACUUUGAACAUUUAUUAGAAAACUCCAAACAGAAAGAAUUAGGAGCCACAUUCAUAAAUAGGGAUAAUAGUGAAAACUAAACAACUUGUUUCUUAUGGUAAAAGAUUGAGGAGCCUUAAUAGAAAUAAUUGGUCCUAUCUGUAACAUUGCAAAAAUGUUUGAAACAUGGUGAUUUAGUUACUGUAAUAUCAAUUUCUUAGAGAACAGGUUUCUUUUGUAAAGACAGUUAUAGAAAAUGCUGUCACAAUGGAAAUGAUGAAAAACAUAUACACACAGACAUGCUUUUAUUGAACUUAGACAGUGAUGGAUCAAUUCCUGCACACUGUAAUACAGGUCUAUGCAUGGGCCUAAUAAAAGAUAUCAUCACUGAUCCCCCUCCCCAAAAAUGUAAUUAGCUAAUCUCUGGCUAGCAUACUUAUGAUGUCUAUGAAUCUCAAAGUAGUGUCAUUAAGAAUGGGUAAAACAUUUUUCAUGUUUAAUUACAUAUAUUUACCAUAAAAACUGCUCAUUAAGCCUCUCACACACCGAAACUUUAAUAAGUUUGUUUCCACUGCGGCACACCUGGGGCCCCAGAGGGGGAGCAGUAGGAUGGCCUGAUAGCACAUGGCAAAAUAUUUUCUUUAUUAGUUUCUCCCACAAAUUUUAUUUUUCCCUGCCAUUCUUAUACACUAUUGGCUUUGUAAUAUAUAUUCUGCACUAAUAAAAAAAUAAAAAAAUGGAAAUAUACAGUGAACAUUACGGACUGCAUAAUCAAUGUAUAAAGAAAAAUGAAUACUUAUGGUCACCACCUCAUAGCUCGAAAGUUUGUGAGCAAACUUUUUGUUACAUAUACCAACAACAGCGGAUGUUUAUGAGCUUUCCAACUCUACCAUCAGAAUUUUCAUACAACCAAGUUAUUGAAAAAAUGGAGGAAAACUGAAAUGCAUACUGGAAAAUGUAUUAUCAGUAUAUAUUUAUUCCUAUUAUCACUUCAAAUCCACCCAAGCAAGGGUUGACAAUUUGUUUAUUAGGUAGGUCUAGCUUGGAUCUUUCACAUACCAUAUUUUGACAUGAUUCUGACAAAAACUUUAUUUUUGAAGAAUUAAAAAAAAAAAAUAAAUAAAUAAAUAAAAAUAAGCAAUUCACUGUCGAGUUGUAGACGUUUGCGUUUCAAAGCGAUUCGUCUCAGUAUGUGGGAAGGUUAAAUGGAUGAAUAAACCCCACACAAAUACCUAGUUUGUUACAGCACAGUGCAUUCAAGUAAUCUUGAGAACCACUAGUGAGCAACUCUUGCCUGUCCUAUUAUGAGGGAUAUUUUGUGUGGUCUGUUUUUGCUUACUUGGCUUAUUCUGUCCCUCAGAACUCUACUUAACGUUAGUUGCUGUGAGAUAAGGCCAAAUACCCGGUGUGUAGGGCUUUGGUUCCUUGAUAAUAAUAAAAAAUAGUUGACUGCUGAAUUAUAAUGCUAGACCCCUUACUCACAUAUGUUAGUCGCUUGGCAAUUGCCUGCAAAAUACGGAAAGAAUGAAGCCAUUUGCUGACAGUGCAGAGGUGUUCCCAAAUAUUCAAUAUUUUGGCCUCAAGCAAAGCUUGAUUAUGUCAUAACAAUAAAAACUAUCAAUAAAAAUAAACUCCAUUUAUAACCUGUUUCUAAUUUAAAGGAGGUUCUCAUUUUUUACAAAAUGUGGCAGCCAAAAGAUAAAUGUAAAUUUCUUUCACAUUCAUACAUUCAUGUACACAUAAUACAGCCAUAAAGAAAUAACAAACUAGCAUGUGGCCAUGUGCACACACACACACACACACACACACACACAUACACACACACACAC